CUCUCCUCUGUCUCCACCCUCUCUCUCUCUCUCUCUCUCUCUCUGUUGUCUCUCCCCCUCUCUCUCUUUCUCUCUCCCCUCUCUUUCCUUUCCCCCCUCCCCUCUUUCUAUUCUCUCUCUCUCCUUCUCUCCCCUCUCUCUCCCUCUCUCUCCCUCUCUGUCAGCCCUGCAGAGCUCGCCCUCACAUUUCUUCUCAAACUCGGAGCAGCUCAGUCGACGUCUGAAGUAAAGAGAGAAGCGAAGAAGAAUCUGUGUCAGUGAACCCGUGAGGACCUCACACCCUCCGCACACCAGCAGCUCCAGUUUGACUCCAGUCCUCCCUGUCUCCGUCCUCUCAGGCCUCGUCAGCCUGCCUGAACUCUCUCCUCUGUUAAUCCCAGGAUAUCAGGAUCUAGCCCCGCCCCCCUGCCUCCAUGGAGCGCGUGCAGCACAUGACCAAGUCGGCUAUACGGCGGGCUUCUCAGAUCGAGGUGACCCCUCAAGCCAAGAGGAACCUUCAGGAGCUGUUUGUCAACUUCACACUCAUCCUCAUCUGUCUGCUGCUCAUCUACAUCAUCGUGCUGCUGUCCAGCUGAGGAGCCACCAAUCAGAGAGAGCGAUGAGACAUCUGGAUUAUUAUUCAGCUAAAACUAAGGGCAUAUAUCUCCAACAUCUGGAUUAGUACACAGCUAACACAUAACUGCAACAUCUGGAUUAUUACACAGCUAUAACUACUGCCACAUAACUCCAACAUCUGGAUUAUUACACAGCUAUAACUACUGCCACAUAACUGCAACAUCUGGAUUAUUACACAGCUGUAACUACUGCCCCAUAACUGCAACAUCUGGAUUAUUACACAGCUAUAACUGCAGACACAUAACGCCAACAUCUGGAUUAUUACACAGCUAUAACUACUGCAGCAUAAUUCCAACAUCUGGAUUAUUACACAGCUAUAACUAAGGGCACAUAACUGCAACAUCUGGAUUAUUACACAGCUAUAACUAAGGGCACAUAACUGCAACAUCUGGAUUAUUACACAGCUAUAACUACUGCCACAUAACUCCAACAUCUGGAUUAUUACACAGCUAACUAAAGGCACUGGAUUAAUACAGGACACUUAUGACACUCACACAGUUUUGGUGGGAAUGACGAUGGUCCCUGAGGAAACAGUCAAGAAAUCUCUGCUGGGAAAAUACAUUUCCCAUGAGCCCUGCUGCUUCAUGCAGUGACCCAAACACUCUGAUGAGUUAUUUUUAUCUUCUUUCUUGGCCGAUUCCAUGGGGUUUCUGUGUUUCUACAGGAAGCAUCAUAAAACAUGCCUGGGUAAAAAAAUAAAUCAAAGAAGACAAAUAUUUGAAAAGUUAGAUGAUCUCACUUACUAAAACACACACAGAAAACACAUCUGUAAACAUCAUAAUAUAAAAAUAAUACACAUCCCAACAGCAUAAAUGAAACUGAUUCUGAGGUAAGAAUAUAAAUGUAAUUCAACACUCUCUAAAUCAAAAUGUAUCCCGAAUAUAACACGUUAUAAAUGUAAAAACAUAUUCAUUAUUUAUGUCGCUUUUAGAACAUGUGAUGUCACCGAGAGAUGUUUUCAUCAUAAGACAUAAAAAUAAAAACUAAUAUCAACACCAUAAGAGGCUUAAAACCACCCACCUCCAGGGACUCUGAUUGGCUCACUGUCUCCAGCACCAGUCGCUGAUGCUCAUGGGUAAUGUAGUAUUCAAAGCACUGAGUGGAACUGCAAAUUAAAUUGAAAAACCUGAAAGUGGCUUUGAUGCCCUCUAGUGGUCAUAUAGAGCAUGACAGCAGAGCGACUUGUUAACAUGCCUGUAAAACAUGAAGAGCAGCUACAUAGACAGCGACACACACACACACACACACACUGCAGUAGAACAGUUUGCAUGGUGUGAUUUGUGUCUAAAUAAAGUGACACUUGUUAUACAAAUAGAAAUGGAUUGAUUUGAUGUUUUCUGAUGUGUAAUUCCGACACUGAUGGUUAAUGAAAGCACAUGACUGUUAUAUAAGUGUAAACAUGCUUUAAAGUUAAUUUUAAAUUGACUAUAUGAUUAUAAACCUGCUUCUGUUAAACAUUUAUGAUAUAUAUCUAAGUGCAAAAAUAACAGUAUGUAGUGUUAGAAAUUAAAGUGUGUUCAGCAGACAAACACUAAAGAAACUGCAUGACAAUAAAGUACGUUUGAUCUCCUGA